GAAGCAAAUAUACUGAGAAGAAGAAGCGAAACAGAAACAUCGAUAUUUGAUUGUGGCUGUAAAGUGCGAAGGAAAUGGACCUAAAGUUAAACUAUCUUGCAGUGCCCUCUGUGCAGGAAAUAGCAAAGGAGGGAUUGAAGAGUGUUCCAGAGCGUUAUGUUCGUCCCCAUCAUGACCGUCCAAUAAUGUCAUCUACCACUAAACCUUUGCCCCAAAUUCCAGUCAUUGACUUGAGCAAAUUGUUGUCCCAAAAUCUCAAGGGACCUGAACUGGAGAAGCUACACUAUGCCUGCAAAGAAUGGGGAUUCUUUCAGCUGAUUAAUCACGGAGUGAGGUGUUCAUUGGUGGAAAAAGUGAAGAGAGGUGCUGAAGAAUUCUUCGAUCUUCCAUUGGAAGAGAAAAAGAAGUUUGCGCAGAGGGGAGACCACGAGGGAUAUGGUCAACUCUUUGUGGUUUCUGAGGAACAGAAGUUAGAGUGGGCAGAUAUGUUAUUCGUCACCACUUUUCCCCCACAAAGGAGGAAGCCUCACACCUUCCACAGCAUCCCUUUCCCAUUCAGGUUCUCUUCCUUCUUUCUGUCUUCAUUGUUCCUCCCUGCGACGUGAGAAAUUGCAUAUUUUCCUUUCCCAAAAUGGAAAUUUAAGUUCUAUCUUGAAGUCUGAACAUUUUUCAUCUCUCUGGUCAUAUCAAGUUUAAUUUCAAGUUCAUCGUAUGCUAAAAUACAACAUUUGAUCUCCCUCAAGCUUGUUAUUUUUGAAGUUUGGAUUACAUAUUAACUUUACUAAAAAGAAAUUAUGAGGAGGCAAGACCAGUUGAUUUUAACCUUCAUGUUCUUUUUUCACUUUUUCAGUUUCUAAUUUCAAAGCUUAUAUACAAGCUCUCAAACCCAAGUCCUAUGCCCAUUACUUUUAAUUUUUAUUUUGUAAUAUUAUUCCUCAAUAUUUAUUAUAAUUCUUAACUUCACCUCUCGUCUAAUUCUUUUUUUUUUCCUCUUUUUUUAAACUACUUUCUAAAAGUGUUUACUAAUUUUAUAAGAUGUUUAUAAUUUUUAUAAAUUAUUUAUUUUAUUUUUCAUCAUUAAAACCAAGUGGGGUUACUGACAACCUAGUGUAACUAUUUAUAGUUACACGUUUACUUUUGAAUCUUUAUUUUGUCCCAUAAAAAUUAAAUUUAGUAAGAAUUUCAUUCAAAAGUCUAUUUUAACCAAUGUUAAUCCAAUAAAAAAAUAUUAAUAAAUGAUAAUUUUAUAUAGAGGUAUAUUAACAGUUGAAAAAAAAAAUAAAAAAAAAUACCUCUGUAGGAGACAAAUCUCAAAAAUUAAGGAUUGACUUGCAUUUUUUAUUUUUAUUUUUUUGCGUUCUAAGGCAAAAUUUUAUUUUCCUGGACAAGCAAAAUAACACUUUAUUCUCUUGUUUCGAACCAUAGACAUUUGUGUAAAAGAAAGUGUAAGAUACAAUUAUACAAAACAAUAUGAAAAAAAUAUGCUGAAAUAAAC